AUGGCAGAAUGGGCAAGGAGGCAACGAGCAACGGCGGAAUGGGCUGUGCUAGCUGGUGGUGGUGAAUGGAAGUUUGGAAACCAGGAGGAGAAACAGAGAAUCAGAGAAAAUGUGAGGGUUGAGAUGAGGAGGAGAAGUCGACUGUUCAAAAAGACAAACCACAAAAAUAUUAAAGCAAACGCAAGCCGGCGAGUGGGAACUUACCGUUGGAAGUGGGAACUCGUCGAACUAUGGGUGAAGGAGGAAGAGGAAGAAGACGAUCGUGGCCCAUGGGAACCAAAUCGAGGCCCGAGGAGGACUAGACUUUGGAGAAGGAGGACGGGCAAGUGA